ACUACUAUGUGUGUGAGCGAGAUCGAGCCUUGUUUACAGCGUCAAUUCAACGGAGAGAGACUACAUGAUCUGCUCCACAUCCUUCACAUCUCCUAAAUUAACGCAGAUCCGAUCCUUCACACAUCAUCUGAGUCCACCAUUGGCCGCGUCUCGAAGGGAAAAAUCAAGGUCUCUGUAAUCUCAGACUGAAGAUGGUGGGAGGCAGAGAGAGACCAUUUUAAAGCCUGGACGGAAAUUAUUUGGCAUCUUUUUGAGAUUCUCCACCGCUUUUUAGGCCUUUAAGGACGCUGGAUGAGAAGUGCUAGGCUUCUUGCUGCUGAUGGAUAUCACGCACACAUAGGCUCACUUGUCCAGAGUGUUUUAGCCAGCAGAUCUAAGCGGGUUUCAGCUAAAACCAGCCUGCGAGGAGCCCUACAACAACGUGUUUUUCAAGAUUUCCCCACGACAUGGAGCACGGAACUGCGGAUUAUUUAGCAGUUACGUGUUUUUCUGGGUUAUUUUCACAUAUAUCGACGAGGACACCCUGCCAAAAAUAAUUUGAAACACGUUUAAGCAGCGCGAGGUUCAGUGCGGGUGAAUCCGCCUCAUGGUGAGGUCAGAGCGGGCUGGGGCUGCUGGAGAAUCUCGCUGGGGUGUCUGGAGGGUCAUUUAUCCCAGCAAAAACACAAUGAAGAUGGACGAGAUUGGCUUUGUUUGAUUAUUUCCUGCUGCUGUGUAUCUAUCUUUUGUUUUUUUUACCCCCUCCAUAACCAACUUUGAUGAUAUUUUUGAGCUGAGAAGACUUCAAGAGUCAAGCAUCAUCAUCCAUUUUUUUUUGAAGGGUUGAGCUUUCUCCCCUGUUUUGUUACACUUUUAAUUACUUUAUUUUUGCCUGCCUUGUUUUUUUGUACAGGAAUGAGGUCUAGCAGACAGAGGCGAUAUUGGACCUUGCUUUGUGGUCUGGUCUUGGUCCUCUCUACACUUUGUCAUGGAGAAAUCUGUGGUCCAGGCAUUGACAUUGGCAAUGACAUCAGUAAUUUCAAGCGGCUGGAGAACUGUACGGUGGUUGAGGGAUACCUGCAGAUCCUUCUCAUUGGAAGCAAAAACAAUAAUAACCAGGAGGUCUUCCGCACCCUCAGUUUCCCCAAACUGACCAUGAUUACGGAUUACCUUCUCCUCUUCCGAGUAUCUGGGCUGGACAGCCUCAGUACCCUCUUUCCAAACCUCGCCGUGAUCCGGGGCCGUAACUUGUUCUACAACUACGCCCUGGUUAUAUUUGAGUUAACCAGCCUAAAGGACAUCGGCCUUUACAACCUGCGGAACAUCACGCGGGGUGCGAUACGAAUCGAGAAGAAUCCUGAGCUCUGCUACCUGGAUUCUGUGGACUGGUCUCUCAUUAUGCAUGCUGAAUUUAACAAUUUCAUUGCUGGAAAUAAGCAGUCCAAGGAGUGUGGAGAUGUUUGCCCGGGAAUCAUGGAGGACAACCCUCUGUGCAUCAAGACAAACUUCAACGACAACGACAACUACAGAUGCUGGACCUCUAACCAUUGCCAGAAAGUUUGUCCGAAGUGGUGCGGACAGCGGGCGUGUACAAACUCAGGCGAGUGCUGCCACCCCCAGUGUUUGGGCAGCUGCACUGUGCCGGACAACGACAGGGCCUGUGCCGCCUGCCAGCACUACUAUCACGAGGGCCGCUGCGUGGAGGACUGUCCAUCCGACACGUACAAGUUUGAGGGCUGGCGCUGCAUCACCAAGGACCUCUGCUCCAAAGUCCACCUGCCUGAUUACGACCGUUUCGUGAUCCAUGGAGGAGAGUGUAUGUCUGACUGUCCACCCGGAUUCACACGUGAUGAGAACCAGAGCAUGUUCUGCACUGCCUGUGACGGCCUGUGUGACAAGAUCUGUGAUGAAAAGGUCAUCGACUCGGUGGACGCGGCUCAGUCCCUCAAGGGCUGCACUGUUAUCAAAGGGAACCUGCACAUCAACAUCCGCCGUGGCACUAACAUAGCAUCAGAGUUGGAGAACUUCCUGGGACUCAUCAAGACAGUGACAGGAUACAUUAAGAUCCGUUCAUCACACGCCCUGAGCUCUCUCUCCUUCCUCAAGAGCCUGAGACACAUCCAUGGAGAGGAACUAUGGGAGGACAUGUAUGCUUUUGCUGCCUUGGAUAACCAGCAUCUCCAGCUUUUGUGGGACUGGUCCCAGCACAAUCUCACCAUAAGUGCUGGAAAACUCUAUUUCCGCUUGAAUCCCAAACUCUGCAUGUCCGAGAUCCGCAGAAUGUGGGAGAAAACCGGAAUUAAGGAGAAGUUUUUGGAAGGAGAUUUCCGCAACAAUGGAGACCGUGCAAGCUGUGAGAGUGAAAUCCUUAAGUUCAUAUCGAAUACCACCAGUAGUAAUAGAAUUAAGUUGACGUGGGGUGGUUUUCGACCACCCAAUUCCAGAGACCUUGUCAGUUUUAUUGUAUACUACAAAGAAGCGCCUUUCCAGAACCUGACAGAGUUCGAUGGUCAGGACGGUUGUGGAUCGGACAGCUGGAACAUGGUUGACGUUGACUUACAGGAGGACCAAACCCAGAACCCAGGUGUUACACUGUCCAUGCUGAAGCCCUGGACUCAGUAUGCUAUCUUUGUCAAAGCUGUAACGCUAGUUGUGGAGGACAGGGACAGGGACAAGGACAGACAGCGUCUUGGGGCGAAAAGUGAAGUGGUGUACAUUCGGACUAAACCAUCAGCACCCUCAACGCCGUUAGACAUUCGUGCAUACUCUAAUUCUUCAUCAAAGCUGGUGGUGCGGUGGUCUCCACCUGUGUCCCCCAAUGGAAACCACACCUACUACCUGCUCCGCUGGAAGCAGCAGGGCGAGGACCGUGAGCUCUACCAUCACAACUACUGCUCCAAAGAACUGAAGAUCCCAGUCAGGAUUUCAGCUGGUGGUUUGACAGAAAUCGAGGACACCAAACCCACCAAUCCUGAAACAGGGGGGCGGGACAAAGCCCCCUGUUGUAAAUGUCCUAAAACAGAGGAGGAUCUGAAGCGAAUCGAGGAGGACAUCUACUACCGCAAAGCCUUUGAGAACUUCCUCCAUAAUGCCAUAUUCACCCCCAGACCUCCCGACAGGCGACGGCGGGAUCUGUUUGGUGUGGCCAACGCUACUUCCAUCCACACUCUGUUGGCGGGAAACUGGAACCUGACAGAGGGUAACUUCUCUCAUGACGAGUUGCCUAGACAGGAAUUUUCCUUUAUAGAGAAGAAGGUGAAGGAACGUAGCGCUGACAUCAGUGGCUUGCAGCCCUUCACCGUUUACCGCAUCGACGUGCACGCCUGCAACAAAGAGGUUUGGCAUUGCAGCGCAGCCGCGUUUAUCUUUUCCCGCACCAAAGCGGCAGACAGAGCAGAUGACAUUCCUGGUCCUGUGACUUGGGAAGGUCUGGAGGGUUCAGUGUUUCUGAAGUGGCCUGAACCGCAGAAACCCAAUGGCCUGAUCCUGCUGUAUGAGAUACAGUAUCGUCUCGGAACAGAGCCUGAGAAGCAUGAGUGUGUAUCCCGUCAACACUAUAGAGAGCACAAAGGGGUGAAACUCUCCAACUUGGGACCUGGGAACUAUUCUGCCCGUGUACGGGCUACGUCUCUGGCUGGAAACGGGUCAUGGACAGACCCGAUAACUUUCUAUGUGAUUCAAGUUGAUCAAUCAGGUUAUGAGCACUACCUGUACUUCAUGAUCAUCCCGAUUUUCCUGAUUUUUGCCAUCAUCGCUGGAGUGGCUUUCACCUAUCUGAACAAGAGACGAAACAGCGACAGGCUUGGAAACCUUUACACGUCUGUUAACCCAGAGUACUUCAGCGCAGCAGAAAUGUAUGUGCCGGAUGAAUGGGAAGUGGAGCGAGAGAAAAUCACAAUGUGCCGAGAGCUUGGACAAGGAUCCUUUGGUAUGGUGUAUGAGGGCAUCGCCAAAGGUGUUGUGAAAGAUGAGCCGGAAACCAGGGUGGCUAUUAAAACGGUCAACGAAUCGGCUAGCUUGCACGAGCGCAUCGAGUUCCUCAAUGAAGCUUCUGUGAUGAAGGAGUUCAACUGUCACCAUGUGGUGCGUCUGCUGGGCGUAGUUUCGCAGGGUCAGCCCACCCUGGUGAUCAUGGAGCUGAUGACACGAGGAGAUCUGAAGAGUUACUUGCGCUCACUUCGAUCCGCUAAGAACAUCUCCAGCUUGCCUUUGCCACCAUUGAAGAAGAUGAUUCAGAUGGCUGGAGAGAUCGCGGACGGCAUGGCUUACCUCAACGCCAACAAAUUUGUUCACAGAGACUUGGCAGCAAGGAAUUGCAUGGUGGCGGAGGAUUUUGCUGUCAAAAUUGGUGACUUUGGCAUGACACGGGACAUUUAUGAGACUGAUUACUACAGAAAAGGAGGCAAGGGACUGCUGCCUGUGCGCUGGAUGUCUCCAGAGUCUCUCAAAGAUGGAGUUUUCACCACCAUGUCUGAUGUCUGGUCUUUUGGGGUGGUGUUGUGGGAAAUCGCCACCCUGGCCGAGCAACCCUAUCAGGGCAUGUCCAAUGAGCAGGUACUGCGAUUUGUUAUGGAGGGAGGACUGCUAGACAAACCUGACAACUGCCCUGACAUGCUGUUUGAACUGAUGCGCAUGUGCUGGCAAUACAACCCCAAAAUGCGGCCGUCCUUCCUGGAGAUCAUCAGCAGCAUCAAGGACGACCUGGAAGAGGGUUUCAAGGAGACAAGCUUCUUCUACAGCGAGGAGAACAAACCCCCGGACACCGAAGAGCUGGACAUGGAGAAUGUGGGAACCAUGGAGAACGUUCCUCUGGAGCCGUCCUCCAGCCUGCAGCCCCUCGCACCCUCUCUGGCCUCCCCUCAACAGUGCGCCCCUGCGUCCCAAGGCUCCUCCACCCCAGCCGGCCCGUCCUCACCGCCUUCCUCCCCCAGCUCCACGGACAAGCACCCGCUCCCCACGUCUGCGGCAAACGGGCCCUCAAUGGUUCUCCAGAGCCCAUUUGACGAGACCCAGCCUUACGCUCACAUGAACGGUGGACGUAAGAACGAGCGUGCCUUGCCUCUGCCCCAGUCGUCGGCUUGCUGAUCGGCGGCCCGGUCCCGUUUCAGGACAUGUCCCUGUCUGUCAAGCCACUGUGUGGUCUCCUGAGAAGAAAUAUUAAAAUAAAGAGACAAGGAGAGAUGAAAUGGUACAAACUGAGAGUCCAGGCAAUCAAUCUUUUCAGUCAUACCUCAACGAACAAAGUUUGGAUUUCUUUGUUUUUUGUGCAUUUCGAUUGAAUCGUUGAAUUGAUUGACAUGAACUCAUUUGUUAUUUCCUUAGACUGGAUGACUGACUGAAAAACCAUGACCUUCACUCUCGCACUCGAUAGGCUGACUGUUUUUUGUUACGUUUUGUUACUUUUCUAAACUUCCAAAACUGGUUUGAAGGUCUAUCAGAGCCAGUAGUGGUACGGUGGCAUUAUUACGACACGCUCUGCAUAUCUCGAAGCCAAUCCAACAGCGAAGCACUUGCUCUUGUCUUUGUUUCCAAAGACGUGCGUCUAAAUUAGAGAAAGAUGUGUAAGGUUUUUCUUUUGCUUUUCUUAGAAGUUUGUUUCCCCGACCUGGGGAUGGAAAUCCGUGCGUUUUCUGCAAAUCUUCAGGCUGUGCAACGUAGUGAAGAAGAAAUUCUUUAAUCUGCCAGAUGUCUGUCUGUCUUUUCUUUUCUUUUUAUUAAUGUUGCCAAAUUGUCAUUUAGUUCUCCGUGCAUCCAUAUUUCCCUGGUGAUCCAAACCAACUUAAAGGAAUAAUUCAGAUUUUCAUUUUUGGAUGGAAUUAUUCAUUUAAAAUCACCAAGAUUCAUUUAAAUUCAUCAAGAGUCCCACUUUUCUUUCGUCUUGCUUAGGGUUUGACGUAUUUAGGAUGAAAUAAGGCAAGAGUCGAGCAACAGAUGCAGCAGAUAUUACAUUGCAAAGAAACUUUGGAUAAAAAAAGAAGCUCAAGAGGUUUUAAGUAGUGGCUUUUUUUUUUUUGAGCAAUUCUUUCUCUUGGUGGUUCAGUCGUACGUCGGACCACAGAGCAUGUGCAUCGUUUGUCGGUCACUUUUGUACCUUUUUUACAGUUCAGAUUGAUCAUCUACAUGUCUGUGCUAAAAAAAAAGCUGCUAUUUUAUUAUUGUUUUUCUUUUGUGGUUGUAAUAUAUAUAUAUAUAUAUAUAUAUAUAUAUAUA